CUUACAACACAUCGAGAACAUCACUAACAUCGAACGUCAACAAAGUGUAAAAGUGUUUGAUUUUACAAUUCCCUUUGUAAAUAUAAAUAUAAAUAAUAUAAAAUUAGGAAAUUUGUAGUGCAAUGCCGUUGGUGAAAAUAAUUGGUGCGCAUCCUACCACAUCGGCGGCAGCCGCUGCCGCAAUUGAAGCCGCCACCCACAAUAGACGGUUCACGGACGAUAUACCGGCUGAGGCGCCAAAGAAAAUCCAAUUACCAGAUGUCAAAAUUGAUGAUGACGAUGAUGAUUUACAUAUUUUGAAUACAGUUCCACUGUGGAAGGACGAAACGCCGGAGGGUGUGCUCGCCAUGCGUAAAAUACACACCGACUAUAUAGUGGCGGUGCAUUUGCAUGCGCUUGGCUUCUUGGUGUUGGGUAUCACUCAGUGGAUAUUGUUAUCCAAAAUCGAAGCAGUGGUCCAUUUUGUGAGAGGACACUACCACCUCGCAUUGCUGCCGUUCGCCUUGGGUUUUAUAAUGCUGAUUAUCUUGAUAUUCUUUUAUGAAUUCAUAACGAUGGACAGACAUAUAACGCUAUUUUACACAUAUGUUGUCAUAAUGCUUCAGCUUUGCUGCGUCCCAAUGGCACUGCCCAUCUGCGCAGCCCAUUGGAGUCAGUCGCUGAUUUCGGGUUUCAUCUUAGUAAUUGUCAUUGUUAUAGGCAUCAUAAUCUCUCAUUCAAAAAGAGACUAUUACAUAUAUAAACCAGACUUUAUACUGGCAUGGACCUGUCGUUUCUUUUUAAUCUCCUCAAUGGGUAUUAUAGUUGGAAUAUCAUUGCCCACCCCUUACUUCGAUGUGAUCAUGACGUUAACAAUGGCAUUUUUCGUCUCACUUUUCACAUUUAUGUGCGCGAAGGCUAUAAGCAGUGCCGAAUUUGUUUGGUUGGACGAUUAUGGUCCGCAUAUGUAUGGCUCGAUGAUAUUUAUAAGCUACAUGACGCUCUUCGCGAUGGGUAUACUGCUCUUGGAGGAACUCAAAGAAGCAGCCAAAUGAAAAUAUGAAAAUACCAAGUACCAAGCACAUAAAAAACGGAAAGGAAAUAGUGUAUAAAGUUCACAGCCUCAGCUUCAAGUUAAUGCUUACAUUUACGUUCCUAAACUUCCUUCUAAUUGUAUACAAGAAGAUUAUGUUAAAAUUGCACAAAAGUCAAACAAUAGCCGUUCUAAUCAAUAAAUAUGUUCCCUUUAUGUAUGUAUGUAUAUAUAUUUUUGAUAUAUUGUAUUUUAUCAAGUUUAUAAUUUAUAACCGGUUAUUGGAGUAAUAAACACCUUUAAUGUUUUCCAAAAAUGUUGCUUAAUUUUAUUUAUUUAUUUUUUUUUUUUGUAAUGUGUAUAGUUUACAUUUUGUAAAUAGUUGUUGUUGGUUGAUUUUAUUUUUCUCUCUCUCGCUGUAUGUAGAGUGUAAAUACUUCGAAAACGCAGAAAUCAAUAUGUAAAGUAAUUUAUGUAAAUAUACGUGUAUAUAUGUGUAUGUGUGUUUACUCUGUAUAUAUUAAAUAUAUAACAGCAAUAUGUAUAUAUAUAUAGUUU